AUGGAUCUUCAUCAAGAAAGUGAUCACCCACAAAAGCUACAUCAUCUUUUCAGUCUAUCUUUUCCCAAUAAGAAAGAUGUGGCUUAUUCAUUCAUCCUCUUCAUCUCUCUUCUCAUAACCUCCAUUGUUUUCUGCAACCUCGUAACCCCUUUCUACCCUCAUCUCCUUCUUCCUUUUAGCUUCUCAAGAACCCCAAAUGCCUCGCCAUGUGAUUAUUCGUACGGGAAAUGGGUUUGGGAUGAAAAUUACCCGACCCGGAAGUACAGUGAGGAUUGCCCGUUUCUUGAUCCAGGGUUCCAGUGCCGCCGCAAUGGGCGGCUGGAUGUUGGGUAUGUGAAAUGGCGAUGGCAACCACAUGGGUGUAAUUUACCCAGAUUUGAUGCAAAAGAUUUUCUGGAAAGAAGCAGAAAUGGACGGAUGGUUUUCGCCGGAGACUCCAUCGGAAGAAACCAAUGGGAGUCUCUGCUAUGCAUGCUGACUCACGGAGUCUCGAACCGAUCCACAGUAUACGAAGAGCAUGGAAACCCCAUAACCAAACACAGAGGCUUCCUUUCCAUCAGGUUUCAAGAUUACAAUUUCACCAUCCAAUACUACCGUGUGCCUCUGCUUGUCGUCAUCGAUGAUCCGCCGGAAAAUGCUUCUCGACAAGUCCGGCGAGCAAUUAGGGUUGACAAACUCCACCGAUUCUCUUCCAAAUGGGUUGGAGCAGAUGUUCUUGUCUUCAGUGCUGGUCACUGGUGGACCCAAGACAAAACCCUAAAGAUGGGGUGGUAUUUCCAGGAAAAAGGGACACUAAACAUGACAAUGGAUGUCAUGGAGGCAUUUGAGAAGUCUCUUCAGACAUUGAAGUCAUGGGCUUUGAAGAAUUGUGAUCCCAAAACCAGCCACGUUUUCUUCCGUAGCUAUUCUCCGGUACAUUUCAGGGGUGGAGAAUGGAACACCGGUGGUCAUUGUGAUCUUAGUAACGCACCGGAAACCAACCAUUUGAAGCCCGAAGUUAACGAACUCGUCAACAACCAAAUCAUCGAAAAUGUGGUCAAAGAGAUGGAAACCGCGAAACAUAAAGUCCAGUUCUUGAACAUCACGUAUCUAACUGCAAUGAGGAAAGAUGGUCACCCAUCGAGACACCGUGAGCCAGGAACUCCGGCUAAGGCUCCACAAGAUUGUAGCCACUGGUGCCUACCGGGUGUGCCCGACACUUGGAAUGAACUUCUUUAUGCACAACUAUUGUCCAGUGGAUACAAAGCAUGGUGAUCAAAAUGAAAAAUGAAGGUAUCAUUUGCCAUUCGUUCCUAUUGGGGCCCGACCAUGAUUCAUUGGCACACCGAGCCGGCUCAAGCACCUUGAUGGCUCGAGUCCGCACCAAGGAUGGUUCUUGUC